AAUUGAGUCGUUGUUCUACUGUCGUUGAGAUUGCAACACAACUUGAAAUAAUCACGGGUGCGUUGCUUAAAACACAGAGGAAAAAAAUUUAAACAAAAUCAAAAGCAAAAGGAAAAAAAGAAAAACAAGUGAAAAAAAAAAAAAUAGAAAAUAAAACAAAAAAUCACAAACCAUCCAAACGUCGCCGUCUGUUUGUUGAUUUGUCCGUUCUAUCCUACCCCACACCUCUGGGUUGUAAAGGAAUUGUGCGAAAAAACCAUUAACUGACAUUAUCCUUGAAAGCCAAGCUUAGCUUCAAAUUGAAAGAAAAAGUGAAAAUAAAAAAAAUUCAAAAUAUUUCAAACCAAAAGCUUAUUACGUUUAUCAACCAAAAAAAAUCGCAGAAAAAUCAAACAAAGCAAUACCUAAUUUUUUUAAUAGAAAUUUAAUUGUGAGCAAUUGAGUUUUAAAAGAAAGCCAAACAAAAGGAAAAUCAACGACAGGCAAUAAAUUAGCUAAUUACAAAUCGCCCAUCAACAUAACUAUCAACACCACCACCAACAGCAGCUGCUGUUUGCCGAUACCAUAUUAACUUAUUAUUUGCAGCUACAUUGGUUAGCUGUGCCCGUCGAAUAGAUUUUCUUCUUGACCCCCCAGUUACCCAGAAACACUUUCAAAAUUCUGCCCAUAACAAAUUUCAAACUUCAGCCACAGCCUAUGCAAAAAAUGGCAGCGCCCGUUGGAGCAGCGCCGGCGGCUAUUGAAGCCCCGCUUUCAGCCCCAAAAUAUGGUACACUAAUACCGAAUCGGAUUUUUGUCGGCGGCAUUAGCGGCGACACAACGGAAUCCGAUUUGUGUCGCGUUUUUUCCGCCUAUGGCAAUGUGAAAUCAACAAAAAUAAUUGUCGAUCGAGCUGGUGUCAGUAAAGGUUAUGGUUUUGUAACCUUCGAAACCGAACAGGAGGCACAAAGGCUGCAAACGGAUGGCGAAUGCGUUGUACUGAGGGAUCGGAAACUGAAUAUAGCCCCAGCCAUCAAAAAACAGUCAAUUGUGGCCACAAAUGGUGCUGUCUAUUACACAACUACACCUCCAGCCCCCAUCAGCAAUAUGCCGAUUGAUCAAUUUGCCGCCGCUGUUUAUCCACCAGCCGCCGCUACUGCUGCUGGUAUGCCAACACUUUACCCACCUUCAAUGCAAUAUCAACCAUUCUAUCAAUAUUACAGUGUGCCAAUGAAUGUACCCACCAUUUGGCCCCAGAAUUAUCAAGGAAUUUAUCCAUGUUAAUUUUGAGGGAGUACGAAAAACAUUUAAAUAAAUAAGAAUGCAAAAAAAAAAAAUAAAAAAUAAAAACGAAUACAUGUUUUUAAUAAAACAACAAAAAUUCAAAACACAACAACAAAAUAUAAGUAUACAACAACAACAACUAAUACAACUCUCCACCACCAUCCCAUCAUCAACAAGAAAAAAAAAUAUAUAACUACUUACUACAACUACUACUAAUACAAAAACAACAACAAGAAAACAAUAAUUUCCCCAGCUAUAAACAACAAUAAUUUAAUUUUAACAACAAAAAUUCAAAUACCAACAACAUUUACGCCGAUGACAACAACAACAAACAAAUACCCCCUUCGAAUGGAAGUCUAUUAAAAUGUAUUUUGGAAAUGAAAUUGUUAAUGCAAAGCAAAUAAACAAUAGAAUAUUGAAUUAAAAUAAAUUAAUUAUAGAAGAAUAGUUAAAGAAAGACAAACGGUGUGAAAGGAAUAUGAGAAAGGAGAAAGAAAGCAUUGAUGCCAUAAAGAAAUAUGACAACUUGUUAUUUGUUUGUUUGGUGCUGAAAAGACAAAGCAAUAUCCAAAAAUAAAAAAAUUAAAAUAUUUUCUACAAACUAUAGAGAAAACUUUGUAGCAAUAGCCAAUAAUAAAAAAAUAAACACACAAAAACAGCAACAAUUAAAAAAUACUUUUAAAAAAUAAAUACGGUUACAACGUCUAGUAUGAACGUUACGACAACCUUACGUUUACGUUGCCAACUGUUAAACUUAACUUUGGGGUUAAACUUGGCUUCUCUUUUCUUGGUGAAGGCAAAAAUUUCAUUUAUACAACCUUUUUUAGAUGUAAUUCGAAACAUUUUAAUUGUAAUUUGAGAAUUCUAUUUGCAAUUCGAAAAUUCCAAAUGUAAUUCGAAUUAUUUCAGUUGAAAUUAGAGAAUUCCAAUUGUCAUUUGAAUUAUUCCACUUUGUAAUUCGAAUUAUUCCAAUUAUAAUUCGAAAUAUUUAAUUUGGAAUUCGAAUUAUUCCAAUUUUAAUUCGAAUUAUUCCAUUUGAAAAUAGACGAAAAAAUUGAAAAAAUUCGAAAUACAAAUGGAACAAUUUGAACUACAAUUGGAAUAAUUCGAAUUACAAAUGGAACAAUGUGAAUUAUAAUUGAAAUAAUUCGAAUUACAAUUUAAAUAAUUCGAAUUAGAAAUGUAAUAAUUGGAAUUACAAAUGGAAUAAUUCGAAAUUAAAUAAUUGGAAUUGCAUUUGGAAUAAUCGAAUUACAACUGAAAUAAUUCGAAUUAUAAUUGAAAUUUUACGAAUUAAAAGGUGUAGACCCUCAUGGUGGCAUUAACAUAGGAAUAAAUUGAUCUACUAACCUGGCCUAAUUUGAGAGUUCUAUUGGUAAUUAGAAUCAAUCGUAAUCGUGUAAUUCGAAAAUUCCGAUUAUAAAUCGAAUUAUUAAAGUUAAAAUUCGAGUAUUUCAAUUGUAAUUCGAAUUAUUCCAAUUUGUAAUUCAAAUUUUUCCAUUUGAAAAUCGACGAAAAAUUAAAAUUAUUCGAAUUACAAUUGAAAUAAUUGGAAUUACAAAUGAAAUAAAUCUUAUUAAAAAUGGAAUAAUUCGAAAUACAAAGAAAACCAUUCGAACUACAAAUAGAAUUCUCGAAUUACAAUUGAAAUAGUCGAAUUACAACUGAAAUAAUUCGAAUUACAAAUGGAAUUCUCGAAUUACAAAUUUAAUUCUCGAAUUACAAAUGAAAUGUUAAAUCAAAAAUUAUUCGAAUUGCAACUGAAAAAAGAGUAGACCCUCAAGGUAAUAUUAGCAUAGGACGAAAUUAAUCUUUUAACCUGGUGUUUACACCGACCAAAUUGUCUUGAGCAGGGUUGCUUUUUGCACACAUUUUUUUCAAUAUUUGUUCUUUUGACAAGUCACCCGGAUUUUUUUUGCUUUGUAAACCAAGGUAUAGCUCUAAUUGAUUACCACAGUGUUCUGCUAAUGCAAACCCCAUGGCCGUUUUCUUAUAAUUCAGAGAUUCACAGAUUUGCCCACUUUCAUUCGUGAGCGAAACUUGUUCGAAGAGUGGAUUUUUUUUACGGAAUUCUUCUACUCCUCACUGAUUUGUUUUCUGUUGGAACACUCACAAAUCACUAGUUUUUGAAAAAUGAGAGUGGGAGCAGAAUCGCUCAAAAUAGCGGAAAACAAAUAUUUUUGGUCUCGAUGUUGUUGCGUACUGUAGAAGAGUUGGGAAGAGGAGUGAAGACGGGGUGUAUUAUUGUAUACAGAAAAAUACACAUACAUAGAAAUACAACAACGGUAUGACAAAAAAAAAACUAUACUAAGUGCUCGGCAAGAGUAGAAUCUCCUCGAUUUUAAACAAUUUUGCUCCCACUCAAAAACGAGCAAAAUACGUUUGACUUGUAUUUCACUAAGCACUUCAAAACGUGAUCUUCUCACAGGCUACCAAGUUUUCUUCUAAAGGAAGAACUAAAAGAAACUAAGGAACAAGAUGAACGACCUCCCUUAAAUAGAUCUUACAAAUUUACUACUUUAUAAGAUCACAUUGUGAACAUAUUUAAGUGAGGUCGUGCAUCUAGUUCCUUAGUUUCUUUUAGUUCAGUUCAAUUUCAGCUCAAUCGUUACUGUUCGUUCUGCCGUUCUUUGAAGUAACAGAGGGUCUUUAAUUAAACAAUGUAAAAACAAUUUUUGACUCCCAACUUGUCUUAUUUGAAAUAAACCGAAAUUUUUGGUUCCAACAGGUAUUGUUAUCAAGUAAAGUUUUGGAAAGGUAUAUUUUAAAACUGUUAUACAUUUUUGUCCGACUUAUUACAAUUAUUUUAAAUACGUGAGACUUAAGCCCUUUGAAAUGGGCUUAAGUCUCACGUAUUUUAGUUUAAAAAAGUUUUUAAGCAUUUUUAUUUCAAAGUAUAACAGUUUCUAUAAAAGUGUUAUACAGGUUCAAAACCAUCAGAUUUUAUUAUUUUUGUGAAAUGUGAAUACAGCAGCAAGGUUUUUACAAUUUUUCAGUCAUUUUUCUGAGUAUAACAGUUUUCAAAAGUGUUCUAAAGUCACCAAAAUUUUGGAAAAAUGGUAAAUACUGAUUGAUAAAUCUCAAAAACUUUUGUCGCCCGUCCAUGUAGAAAAAAAUCUACAGAAUAGUUUUAAUAAUCUUCUCAUUGAACACAUAUGCAUGCUAUCUUCCUAAGGCUAUGGCUUCUCAUAGAAAGAAUAUAUUGGCAGACUUAUGGAAGACUAGAUCAAUAUUCCUAAGCAUGACUACUCUCUCUGAAAAUCCAAUUUUUUUUUUUAACUGAAAAAAUAUGCGAUGUCACAAAAUUUAAUUCACCGAAGAAAUCUUCUCCAGAAAUUAAAAUUUUGACAUAAACUUUUGAUUAAAAAUUCAUGAAACUUCGCGAUUUGUAUGCUCAUUAAGCCAAGCAACUUCAAAGCAAAAUUGUGUAUUGUGAAUGAAGGCAGUCUAACACAGGGUUUACAAAUUUUUGAGACUGUAUAUGCAAUUUUUAAACGUUAGUUUCGAUUGCAUUUAUUUUCUCCAAGAAUUCUUUUUUAGGAACUAUAAGUCCUAAGUCAUUUUGGACAGAAGUCAUCUUUGGAGAUUUUGAGAAAUUAUGUUUUUCCUAUGUGUAAUAUUUCAUUAUUGGCUAUUGACAAAGUUUUUGAAUAAAUAACUAUAAUAGGAUUUGAUCUUUUAGUAAAUGAAUUAUUAACAAUGAAAUCGACACCUAUACUCUUGAAUCCUUUCAACACAUCUCUAGAGAAUAUAGAACCGAAACAAGAAAACUUAACAAAAAAAAAAAAACUUCAAUAGAAAAAUUAUACAACAAAGUGAAUAUUAUUUAUUGAUCAAUUAUUAUAUAAAUGUACUUAUAUAUACAACUACCCACACAACAACAACAACAAACUAACAAAAUAAUAUUAUACUAUAUACAUAACUAUACAUAUAUAUAGAAAAAGAAAAUAAAUAAGAAAUUGAAAAAAAAAAACAAACAAAAAACUAUUUAUAAAAAUAUACAUCUUAAUAUUAUAUAUUAUAUACAUACUAAAUAAAUAUAUAAUAUAGAAACAAAGAAGAAGAAAAAAACAAAACAAAUAUUGUACUAAGAAAAUAAGUCUUAAGGUGCAUCUCAAAGAAAGUAAGAAGACAAAAAAAUAAACAAAAUAAAAGAAAAAAGCACAAAAAAACUAAAACUAAAGACAAAAUAAAAAUAUUUAUAUUUAAAACAAAAGUAAAAGUAAAAUAUAACUAUAUACACAAAUUAUGAAUGGCAAAAGAUAUAACAAGAAAAGGCAUUAAAUAAAACAUUAAAUGGAAAUAUAAGAAAUAAGAAAUAAAAACGGCAGAAUGCUCUAGGAGAAUAACAAUAAUAGAAAAAAAGUAUGAAAUAAAAUUAAACUACAUUUUUAAAAUUAUACUUAAUAAUAAAGGAAUAACACACACACACACACAAACAAAAAUCCCCCUCGAAUUGAUACUAUAUGGAUAAGUGACAAAAAAAUGUGAGAAUAAAAAAAUAACAUAAAACGUACUUACAAAUACAACAUACACAACAAAAUGUAUCUACAAAAUAAAAAAAAUAAAAAUAGUAAUAAUUAAAAAAAAUAAAAAUAAUAUUUUUAACCUAAGAGAUCUAAGUCUUAAGAGAAAAAAAUAAAUAAACACAAUAAAAACAAACUGAAAACCAACACUCAAAAUAACAAAUGAAAUAUUUAUUAUUAAUAAACAAAAAUAUUUAGUAAAAAAAAAAUAAACAUGAUACAAAAGCAAUUUUACAAUAACAAAAA